AUGCGAGUUGUGUUGAACGUAGUUUUCUUUUCCCUGCUAUUUCUAUCAGUCGAAUCUGGCUAUUGCCCGCCCAAUUCGGCCGAUUAUACAGACGGAGAAGAGUGUAUCACUUGCAUUGAUGCGGAUGCCAUCUUUCAAAACGCGCAAAAAGCGUGUACUGGCAUCGGCGGAAGAUUAGUACAGCCGCGGAACGCCUUCGAAAACACGUUUGUUAAUCAGCAGAACGUGCAGAAUCUGCACGCCGGGAGCACGUGGAUUGGCGUAGCGAGAACAAAUGGAAUCUGGCGCUACGCUGACGGCUCCCAAUUAACAUAUGCAAACUGGAAAAGUGUUAAUGAGCCGAAUAUUACCGGAAAUGAUUGCGCCAUGUUGAACGGCACGACGGCCCAGUGGAUAUCCGGAAAUUGCGCUACGAAACGCCCGUUUAUUUGCACGUUUUCGGAUAGGGACUACAGCUGCCCGAACGGCUGGACAAGAUAUGAAAAUUAUUGCUAUUACACACCUUCGGCGUCCAACUGGGGCCCGCAACCCCCCAACAUAACAUUUGCAUCCGGAGAAGCCUUGUGCGUACAAAACCAAGCCCAUCUGGUAUCGAUCCACAGCGAAGCCGAGAACAAUUUUGUCAAUGGUCUUUACGCCGACGCCAUUGGCAAUUACACGUCCGGCUGCUCGAUCCGGCUCGAAGGCGUCAUUGGGUUAAGCGGCCGAACCUGGACUGAUGCUCUUCCCACCCGGCUG